GUCAGCCUGGCCGGAAGUUGUUCCGGCCGGACGGAGUUUCCACGGACGCCCAGGAGGCCGCCCGUGGCUGAGCCGGCUGCACGGAAGGGCCCGGGUGGGCCGUUUUGUCUGGACCACGGAGCAGCUUUUCCAGCCUCCUAGCCAGCUGCCAACCUAGGUCCCGGAGAUGGCGGACGUGCCCAACGGUGAGCAGGGGUGUGCCUCCCCGCUGGAACUGUUCAACAGCAUAGCUGCCCAGGGGGAGCUCGUGAGGUCCCUCAAAGCAGGAAAGGCGUCGAAGGAUGAAAUCGAUUCUGCAGUGAAGAUGUUGUUAUCAUUGAAAAUGAGCUACAAAGCCACUGUCGGGGAGGACUACAAGGCCGACUGCCCUCCAGAGAACCCAGCGCCUGAGAGCAAUAGUGGCCUGGGAUCCGCAGAAGCUGAGGAGGAUUUUGUGGACCCGUGGACAGUCCAGACGAACAACGCCAAGGGCAUUGACUAUGACAAGCUCAUUGUUCGGUUCGGAAGCAGUAAAAUUGACAAGGAGCUGGUAAACCGGAUAGAGCGAGCCACGGGCCAGAAACCACACCGCUUCCUGCGCAGAGGCAUCUUCUUCUCACACAGAGAUAUGAACCAAAUUCUUGAUGCCUAUGAGAAUAAGAAGCCAUUUUAUCUGUACACAGGCAGGGGCCCCUCUUCUGAAGCAAUGCAUGUAGGUCAUCUCAUCCCGUUUAUCUUCACAAAGUGGCUGCAGGAUGUGUUCAACGUGCCCUUGGUCAUCCAGAUGACGGAUGACGAGAAGUACCUGUGGAAAGACCUGACCCUGGACCAGGCGUAUGGCUACGCUGUAGAGAACGCCAAGGACAUCAUUGCCUGCGGCUUUGACAUCAACAAGACUUUCAUCUUCUCUGACCUGGACUACAUGGGGAUGAGCCCAGGCUUCUACAAGAACGUGGUGAAGAUUCAGAAGCACGUUACCUUCAACCAAGUGAAAGGCAUUUUCGGUUUCACCGACAGUGACUCCAUCGGGAAGAUCAGCUUUCCCGCCAUCCAGGCUGCCCCCUCCUUCAGCAACUCCUUCCCUCAGAUCUUCCGAGACAGGACGGACAUCCAGUGCCUCAUCCCCUGUGCCAUCGACCAGGAUCCAUACUUCAGGAUGACAAGAGACGUCGCCCCCAGGAUCGGCUACCCUAAACCAGCCCUGCUGCACUCCACCUUCUUCCCUGCGCUGCAGGGGGCCCAGACCAAGAUGAGCGCCAGCGACCCCAACUCCUCCAUCUUCCUCACGGACACCGCCAAGCAGAUCAAGACCAAGGUCAACAAGCAUGCGUUUUCUGGAGGCAGAGACACCGUCGAGGAGCACAGGCAGUUCGGAGGCAACUGUGACGUGGACGUGUCCUUCAUGUACCUGACCUUCUUCCUCGAGGACGAUGACAAGCUCGAGCAGAUCAGGAAGGACUACACCGGCGGCGACAUGCUCACUGGCGAGCUCAAGAAGACGCUCAUAGAGGUUCUGCAGCCCUUGAUCGCCGAGCACCAGGCCAGGCGCAAGGAGGUCACAGACGAGAUAGUGAAAGAGUUCAUGACUCCCCGGAAGCUGUCCUACGACUUUCAGUAACACUCCUUUUAUAUGUGCUUAUAAAGAGAUGUAAUUUACCAAUAAUUCCAGCCCAAUCAAACAGCACUACCCAUAGGCUCUGUCACACGGUAAUUACUGGAUGGUAUCUGGAAGCCCUG